GUUGGAUAUACCUGGUGUUAUGUUCAGCUAUAGUGUUGAUCUCUUGGGGUUUCGUGCUGUGGUCCGGGAUAUCUGUCACUGAAAGCACUUUGUUCGCUCAAAAGUAAUUUUAUAAAAAGAGUCAUGGAGGUUGAACACAAAAGCGCCAAGCUUCUAACCAACUUGGAGGUGCUGCAGCUUAUUAACUCCAGAUUCGGAUCGAAAAAGAAAAUUCGAACACAACAAACCCUGCUCUAUACUUGUUCAAAAUAUUUGAAGUCCUUAACUCCAUGUCAUACGCAGACGUCCGAAAGCAUCUCCGCCUUUGCUAAAGCUGCUAAACCGUUCAAACUUUCGAAGCUUGAGCUCUCUAUGCUGAUAAAUCACUGUCCGUCGACACUCGUUGAACUUUCCGUCCUUGUUGGUGACAUAGACUCCCGGUUUUCAACUUCUGAAACGGAGGAGCUUCUUGCUAUAAUAGCACGACAUUUCCCAGGAGGCGUAUCUGCUAGCCAUACGAUAAAUUCCAUGGGGACUAUUAAUGAAUCCGAAGAAUCCUCCUGA